CUUUCUUUCUUUCUUUCUUUCUUUUUUCUUUUUGGGCUUCGUCCUUUUUAGAUUGCGUAACCCGUCAGCCCCUCAAAUCAACUCAUGUGUUGAUCGUUGACACCUUCCCUUGUAUAUCUGCAAAAAUACCUUUUGAACAUCGGGUGGCUGUCGUCUUGACCAUGGCCGUCAAUGCUUCGGUGGUCUAUGACCUUCCGCCUCUUCCGGCGUAUACCUUGACACCACGUCCACCUCUUUUAUCUCCGAUUCCUGAUAACGUCGUGGCGCUGAUUCUCCCGAUUAUCGCGUACUGGGCCUUGUCUAUGGUCUAUCACUCUAUCGAUGUCUACGACUUGUUUCCCCAGUAUCGUUUGCAUACCCCGGCAGAGGUCCUCAAACGGAACCAUGUAUCGCGUUGGGAAGUCGUGAGGGAUGUCAUUCUCCAACAGAUAAUUCAAACCAUGGCCGGCAUGGCUGUGUCGCACUUCGAUCCCGUGGAAUGCAUCGGCAAAGAGGAAUACGAUGUGGCAGUCUGGGCUCAGCGUAUCCGUCUCCUGCAAAGGACACUCCCGCGUUUCUUGGCGGUGUUCGGUAUUGACUCGAUGGGAUGGGCGCAAUCCUUGUCGACGAAUGGCUAUGCGAUACUGGGGGCCGUUCUCGCCGGUGGACGCUAUCCAGGACUCACCCAAACGUUGGUUUUGGAAAAUGGCGUCGAAGCCAUCGCUCCUGCGUUCGCCGGUUGGGAAUUGUCCAUGGCGAGCUUCAUCUAUUGGUACUUCAUUCCUACGAUGCAGUUUGUCUGGGGGGUAUGCGUCGUCGACACCUGGCAGUAUUUCCUCCACCGUGCAAUGCACUUGAACCGUUGGCUUUAUGUCACCUUUCACUCGCGUCAUCACCGCCUAUACGUCCCAUAUGCGUUCGGUGCUUUGUAUAACCAUCCCGUGGAGGGAUUCCUCCUCGACACGGCCGGCACCGGUGUUGCGUUCUUGACGGCUGGAAUGACUAACCGCCAGGCCAUGUGGUUUUUCACCUGUUCGACUAUUAAGACGGUGGACGAUCACUGCGGUUAUGCGUUCCCUUGGGACCCCUUGCAGCAUUUCACUUCCAACAAUGCCGCCUACCAUGACAUUCACCACCAGAGUUGGGGUAUCAAGACGAAUUUCUCCCAGCCGUUCUUCACCAUCUGGGAUCGGCUUCUCGAAACUCAAUGGAAGGGUGACGUUAAACUUCGUUACGAACGAGGUCGUGAGGCCGCACAGAGAAAGCUGGACGACGACAACGCUCUUGAUCUUGGAGCUAAAGGGGAGGGCGUAACGUCUUCCGCUACAGUCUCAUCGGAUGAGCCAGCAGAUACAACGGCACGGUCACGAUUGCGCAAAAGGACGGCGACCUUUGACGGCCUCAAGGGGUCGAAGCACGGGGUAGCCAGCAGCGUCCUCUAAUUCUCACCUUUGACUUCUUCUGUGUCCUUGUUUACUUUCCUUGCUCGUCGCAGGCAUUCUCUUCUCGGUGAAUAUUUUUUCUAAUCUUAAUAUCUUUUUCUCGACUCUUUUUUGUUGCAUAUGAAGGGCUUCGGAGGGGCAGGACGCCUCCGAACCUUUCAGGAUCACUGUUCGUAUUAAUAUCGGGAUCAUGAGUAUAUGUUGGCUUGUACAAUGACUUCUCAUUAGUGGUAAACUCAUUUUAAUCAGGACGAUUUACACCGCAAUGGGUUUGGACAACAAUGUCCAUCGCUACCUUUUUUUUUUUUCAAUUUUUAUUUUUCUUUUUGCCUUUCUCCUGAGCCCUUUGCUUCUCUUCUCUAAGAACGUCUUCUUUCUUCUUUCGAUUGUAUUAUGAAUUAUAUACUAGGUUAUGUUUUGAAUGCACAACAGAUGCUUGAUCAACACCGUUUGUAUAUCUUUAGAGCGAGGCAAAGUUGAAAUCUGGGCGGCGUGCAGACCGAUGUGAUCAUAUCCGCACUUCUUUGGAAGAA